AUGUCGUACUACUUCAAAAAUAAAAAGCCUGGGUACCAAUCCGAUGAUGAAUCCGAGGAUGAUGAAUUGCUGAAGACUCUGUCUAGACGAAAUAUACAGGGUGAUGAUGAGGAAGAGGACGACAGCGAUGACGGGCUCUCUACCCUCUCGUUUGAUGCUCUAAGAAAAGCAGAGGCCCAAAUUGAGCAAGAGGCAAAAAGUGCAAUCAAAAAGAAUGGUGCGAGUGAGUCAAAAUUCCCGCGCUUAAGCACACGCCAGAUUGAAACAGAAAAGAUAAGAACUUUCGCUGAGGAAUCGUUUGGAGACGAUUCAGAAGCUUCUUCGGACGACGAGGGUCUGUUUGAAGAAGAGGACAAAGGGACAGAAUCCAAAAGAUCAAGAGCUGGCGGUAAGUCAAAGAAAAAGAAGAGCCAUGCCCCAACGGAGCAAUCAGCCAAGAAAAGAGCACCAAGAAUCAGACAGAUCCCAGGUUUAGAGAUACCUAAAAGCCAAAACGAGAAUCUGUACCAAGAUAUCCGCUUCGAUAAAUCACUAGGGAAGUCAGAAGACUACGAAAGUAUAAGAAAGCGGUACAAAUUUCUGGACGAAUAUAGACAGAACGAGAUUGAUGAGCUAAGCUCCUUGCUCAAAGAUCGCAAGUUUUUGAACAAGAUUAGCGACCAUGAAAGAGACGAGAUGGAGCAAAACCUGAGGAGUAUGAAGUCAAAGCUUCAAACCCUUCAAAAUCGUGAUUUGGACCGUAAAAUCCUGAAAGAUUAUGAGGCCGGAAUCAACAAAGACAACAAGAGCAAGUUUCAUCUAAAGAAGUCCGAAAAGCGCAAAGUGAUACAGAAGUAUAAGUUUGACCACAUGAAGGCCAAACAGAGGGAGAAGGUCAUGGACAGAAAGCGCAAGAAGAGACGGGGUAAAGAAUUCAAACAGUUUUCGUUUCAUGACCGUUAG